UCUGGUCUAUACAUACCUACUUGGAAAUAUCCAGAGAGAGCAGACAGGCUACCAUCAAACACGUAGAGACUAACUCUCUAAAUCCCUCCACCACGACGAACAUUCCGGCGAACUCUCCGAACACUCUCCGGCGAUUGCUUGGAUUCAAAUAACCGAAGAUGAUGAAGAGAGAAUGAGGAGCGCAAUCGGCAAAGUUCAGUCAUCAUCAUGUCAGUUUCGUGCUCCGAUUGCUUCUCCGACCUGCUUUGCGGUGAGGAUUCCGAUAUCAUCUUUUCCGGAGGCGAUGAGGAGACGCCGGAAUGUUCCUCGUCGGACCUUGCCGAAUCUCUUCCGAUCGAGGCCGACCUCGAUGAAUCCAUCGCCGGCCUUAUGGAUGAUGAACGGAAUUUCGUCCCUGGAAUCGACUACGCCGAGCGCUUCCUAUCUCAGUCGCUAAGCGCCGCCGCCAGAGAAGACUGUAUCCACUGGAUGCUCAAGGUCCAGCGAUAUUACGGUUUCCAGCCACUAACGGUGUAUCUCGCCGUCAAUUACUUCGAUCGUUUCCUCUACUCUCGUCGCCUCCCUACGAAUGGUUGGCCGCUGCAACUACUGUCCAUUGCUUGCUUGUCAUUAGCUGCUAAGAUGGAGGAACCUCUGGUUCCAUCUCUUUUGGAUCUUCAGGUUGAAGGUGCAAAAUACAUAUUUGAACCAAAGACAAUUCGUAGAAUGGAGCUUCUUGUGCUGACUGUACUGGAUUGGAGGCUAAGAUCCAUUACACCCUUUAACUUCCUCGGCUUCUUUGCGUUCAAACUUGAUCCCACAGGAACUUACACAGGGUUCUUUAUCUCAAGGGCAACCGAGAUUAUUUUAUCAAAUAUCCGAGAGGCUAGCUUUCUGGAGUACUGGCCAUCAUGCAUUGCUGCUGCGACAAUACUUUGUGCGGCCAACGAUCUGCCGAAUUUCUCUCUUGUUAAUGCUGAGCAUGCCGAAUCAUGGUGCGGUGGACUGAUAAAAGAAAAAAUCAUCAGUUGCUACCAGUUAAUGCGAAAAAUUGCCAUCGAACUUAGUGCAAGGAGAUAUCCAAAAGUGUUACCACAGGUCCGAGUCAUGUCUCGGCCGAGCAUCUCGUCCAGCGACACGUCAUCCUCCUCCUCCUCAUCUUCCCCUUCUUAUAAAAGGAGAAAACUAAAUAACAGUGUCAGCUUGUCCAUGGAUGAUGAGAGGGAGAGUUCUGGUUAAUAUGGCGGAGUGGGGGAGGAGGGGGGAGUUAAAGAAUAAGGCAGAAAACAAACACAAGAGGGAUAAUGUGGUGGUCCAUAAGUUGUCUAGAAUCCUCAACACUUUUUUUCUUGGAGGGGUUUGGAGAUUAAAAAAUAAAAAAAAAUAAAGAGGAAAAGUUGACAUGCAUGAGUGAUGUAGAUUACUUAGUAUAUAUAAAAAUAAAUAUAUGUACAAUAAUUUAAGCACGUACGAGAUAGAGUUUGAAGAUUUUUUGGAUUCUUUUUGGGUGAAAAAAAAUCAGAAUGCCAUUCCAAUAAAUGGUGGCUUUGCAGAUUCCCUAGGGAAGGGGGUUUGGUACAUAGUAUUUUAUUUUGGUGUGAUAAAGCGGGAAGGGAGAUUGUUUAAUAAUAGUAAAAUAUAGUAUAUGCUAGCUAGUGGGUUCAUACUCAAAUGCAGUGUGAAUACCGAAAUGGUGAUGAAUUGAAUGGAGAGAUUGAAUUCAAAGAUGGCAUUGAUGAUUUCUGAUCAGUGAAAGCCAGGAUGAACUACUCUGUGGGGACCACCCACUGCACGUUUCCGCAACAUCAACGGGCGUUUAUCACCCUUGUAAUUUCAGCCGUUGAUCAUCCAGGAAAAGUCCCAUCACCAUCAAUCCAGAUUUCUCAGCAACAAAUCAACAAGAUUAAGCUCAUACCAACGGUCUCCCUUCCACAACAUAGAUGAGUUUCUCCUUCUUCUUCGAUCUUCUUUAUGAGUGAGGUGUGUGUAUGUGUGCUUUUUUGGCGGGGAAAAAAUGCCCAUCUCUUUGUCCUAACCAUAUACUGGACCCUUUUGGUUUCUCUUUGGAGAGUGAUUUUCAAGCGUGUCGUGGAGACACGUGUUUAGAUUCUUUUAAUUUUUUUCUCUUUUUUUGUUUGUCUGUUUCAUCAAGGGAAGAGAAGAAAUCUGAUCUCUUCCCCUGACUGGAUGGCCUAUCUUAGGCUUGACCCUUGAAAUCAAAAGGUCUUUGGGGCCUUUCUACAUGCGUGUUGUAUUUUGCAUCAUGAAUCAAUAUUGGAAACUUGUUUCAUUGUGCAAUAUAUAUAUAUAUCUUGAUCACAA